AGAGAAUGUAACUGGUAAUGAUAUCAUUGGUGGGUAGCUAAGUAUUAGAAGGAGAAAGAAGAAAAAAUAUUCAACUCUACAGGAUCACUCAGUUUAGUGCUAGCAAACAAAAUUAUUCUCCUCCACAUUCACUCCUUACUGCUAUGUGGUUGUACUUAAGUGUCUUACUGCUUUCGGGACUAACGUCUGCAAAGCAUCAAAACCCAGAUGUACCGGAUGUCUAUUCAUUUCAUGUGAAAUCAGAUAUAAGAUUCCGCUUUGCCACCACUGAAAUAACUAGUUUGGUGGUGAACAACAAAACCUACUCCAGGAAAGCAACAUUCAAUGUCAUCCUACCGGAAGAGGCAUUUAUUUCCAAUUUUUCUAUGGUGAUCGAUGGCAAGGAAUACCCAGGCCAUAUCCAGCAAAUGAAUCAAACUGAUCAUGAAACAGAUGAGGAAGAUAAAAAAUUCAACAGUCGAGAACAGUUACCACGCGGCUCGACUAAGUUUUCAGCGACCAUCAAACUCGGAGCGCUAAAACAAGUUCUGUUUAAGGUCCGCUACCAGGAACUUUUGAAGCGAAAGUUGGGCUUCUAUGAGCACAUCCUCUAUAUUAAUCCGUGUCGACCUAUAAACGAUAUGAGCAUUGAAGUAUACAUAACAGAGUCCAAUAAAAUCAACAUUCUACAAGUACCACCGUUAAGAUCUGUAAAUCCAUCGGUUCCAGUUCAAGAUUCAGCAAAUAAUUCCGACGUCGAAAUUGUUCGGCCCUCCAAAAAAUUGGCUAAAAUAACGUACAGGCCACCCCGAAAGAACGAAGUGGUGGACGGAAUAUUUGUCGUGAAAUAUUCUGUUGCGCAAAAGGAGAAAUAUACAGGAGAAAUUCUAUCAUCAAAUGGUUAUUUUGUCCACUACUUUAUCCCUGAAAAACUGAAACCCAUGAAAAAAGAUAUUUUAUUUCUGCUAGACACCAGUAGUUCAAUGAUUGGUCGUAAGACGGACCAGCUAAGAUCUGCUAUGAAAUUAAUACUCAAUGAUUUAACUGGAGGAGAACGUUUUAACGUUUUGGAUUUCAGUCAUAAAUUAGUGUUUUGGCGGCCAAAAAUGACUUUAUGGAGCGAGAAAAAUAAAAACGAUUGCUUAAAAUGGAUAAAUCAAAGGCCAAUUGGUGGUAGUACCGACAUCAACCGAGCUGUCGUUGAAGGUGCUAAGAUGAUGAAGACAGUCGACAACACAACAGCUGAUGGCAGAGCCAGAGUUAUCCUUUUUCUCACUGAUGGUAGUGCAACAUUUGGGGAAUCCAGCCGAAAUGUGAUAUUAAAUAAUCUUCAUAAAGAAAAUCUAACAAAAACACCAAUAUUUUCUCUUUCAUUUGGAGCUGACGCCGACAUGAAAUUGUUACAAAGAAUUUCUUUACAGAAUUCAGGUGAAGUUAAACGGAUCUACGAGUCAAAUGAUUCUGCACUUCAGCUAAAGAAGUUUUAUGAUCAAAUAUCUUCAACGUUAAUGACAGAUAUGAAAGUGAAAUACAUUCCAAAGGAAGUCGAUAAUGGAUCGAUAACGAACAGCGAAUUCAACCAAUAUUUCAACGGUACUGAAACAAUAGUAGCUGGGAAAUUAUCAGACAGUUACGUUAAACCAACUUCGUGGAAUCUUGUCGCUAGAACAAGCACUGGAAUGAUAAAACGCUCAAAGAAAUUUAAAACAAUUCGCUUAGAUAAGUCUAAAAAGAAGUUCGGUUUUCUGACAGAUAAUGAAGUCGAAAACAUACCCGAAAAUCUUUGGGCUUACCUAAAUAUUAAACAAACUAUAGAUAAAUUGACAAUUACUACUAAUGAAAAGGAGAAAGGAAAAUUAUCGAAACAACUUUUGGAUCUUUCUCUGAAGUAUAAUGUUGUCACCCCGAUGACGUCGAUGUCGAUCGCGAAACCAGAAGAGGAGGAAGAACAAAGAAAUGAGGAUCAAAAUACUGCUCCAGACCCGUCCGUGCCGGAAAAUUUAAAAUCAAAACCCCCUAAGACUCGGGCAUCGCAAAUAAUUCCAUUGGCAGCUUCAUUUGGCGACCCCCAUUUCCUUGUCCGUAUAAAGGAUCUCCGACUUCCGAUAUGCUUCGACUUGCCAGGAAAGGACAAACAACUUCAAAGUUUGCUGUAUGACCCAGUUAGACGAAUUAACAUUACCGCCAAAAUAGUCGAAGGCAAAGGCCGUUUUAAACCAGACAGACCUCUUAGAACAUAUAUUGGCCAAAUAUAUAUUACGUCUCCUCACAUGACCGCAACUGUCACGCCGCACAAAAUAACCUUUAACAACCAUAUAUUUACAUGGGAUAACGAGACAGGUGUGACGUCAUCCAGCUCGACGUUGGGCAUAAAUGGCAGAGGCAAAUAUAUGGAAUUUGGAAUUUCUAAAGGCCAAAAACUGCUCAUAAGAAGAAAUUUGGAAUCUAAGAUGGCACCAAAUGAAGGUUAUUUGGAUUUCUUCGUGAUUUCUGGCAAAGGAUUUUCAAAAGAAGCGUCAGGAAUAAUCGGCCGUUGUUUGAGCAUGAAAGGAAAACUAUUACAAACGCAUAGAAACGCGAUUGGCAGAACCAAAGCCACAUUAACGCUUACCCUAUCAGAUGAACACGUAACCAAACUAGUAACUGCUACUUUGAAAUAUCGACAAGGGUGGAUGUAUACAACAGUUCCGUGCUGGAUGGUGGAUAGCAAGGAACUCACUUUCCACCUAGGCACAGCCUAAUGCACAAACUCUCAUUAAGGUUUGAAAUAUAUAUAUAUCGUCGCUGAAGUAUAACAUCCACAAGGUGUUAUCAAGAUGGCGGACUUCGUAUUGGCAGAUAUAGACCUCUAUGUUGUUCAUGGUAAUAGUUUGAUAUUUGAUUUAAUGUAGCUUUUCUGGUUCAACAGAUCUGCUGCAAACUAUGUAUGUGUGUAUGUAUGUAUGUAUAUAUAUAUAUGUAUUUACGUAUAUAUGU